ACUUUCCUUUCCUCAAAGCUUUGCUGCUUUUCCUAACCUUUUCUCUCUCUAAACCAGAAAUAAACCUGCCCUUCUACUCCUAUAAAAGUUAACUCCAUUCUCCUCUCAAAUCUCCUCCACACCAAACCUCUCUCUCUCUCUCCCUCUCUUCUCAUUUCAAAGAACAAGAGAAAAAAAAAACAAGAAAAUGGAGGUGUCUACAAGAAAGCCUUAUUUCAUAGAAGAAGAAGACGAUGGAUUGGUUUCUCUAGCUGAGAUGGAAGCUGGAGUUUCUUCUCCUUCUUCUCCUUGUUACACAAACCUGAACCAGUACCAUCCUCAGAGUUAUUAUUAUAAUUACCAUCAGUACUCUGUUUCAUCACCCAGAUCUGUUGUCGUGUCUGGAAAAUUCCAUGAUUUUAGAUUCGACAACAGCUGUUUCGGACAACAAUCAGUUCCUCAUUUCUUGGACUCUUGUUUCCUCUGUAGGAAGCGUCUUGGUCAUAACAAAGACAUCUUCAUGUACAGAGGAGACACACCGUUCUGUAGCGAGGAGUGUAGAGAAGAACAGAUAAAGAGAGACGAGUCGAAAGAGAAGAAAAAAAAUCUGUCUUCAUCUGUGAAAGCUAUGAGAAGAAAUGAAAAGAGAAGCUCUUCUUCUUCUCCAACUAGAUCUCGUGACUAUGCUUUCCGCACUGGAACUGUUGCUGCUGCUUAGUUUCAAUAUCUCUUUAGUUUAAUAUUCCAAGUCAAAACAAAAACCAAGAGAAUCCAUUAAAGCCAGUUGCUGUAAAAGUUGGUUCAUGGUUUGAAUUUUAGAAACUCCUUUUCAAGGGUUUGUCCUUUUUCGUUUUUAUUAGAUUUUAUUUUGCAUAAAGAAAAAAAAAAUCAUGCAAUUUUGGGAGUACAAGAAAACUGUAGCCAAACGUUUGCCUAUGUGAAUUUGGUACAUCUUUUUUUUUGGUAAUAUGUGAAGAAAACAAAAAUAUAUGUAACAUGAACAUCAUCAUCAGCCUGGCUGUUCUUUUAUUUUUAAAUGAUGGGAUUGUAAUGAAAUAGUACAAGAUAUAUGUAUA